AUGGCUCUUGUGAUGCAGUUCCUAGCGAUCGUAUGUGCGGUGAUGUUAAGUUGCGAUCGUGUGCUAGGUGAAAAUGCCUUUAUUGAAAGUGCACCCGAAGGAUACUACGAGCGUAAAUCGUUAGUUGAUUGUCCCAGUCGAUUCUACAGCGAGGACGUAUCCAGUGCUUUAGGGUUUUUCAUUUUUGGAGGACGUCGAGCGUUUCUAAAGGAAUUUCCGCAUAUGGCAGCGAUCGGGUGGACGGACAGGAAGGUUUCGCCUCCCGAGGUGCAGUACAAAUGUGGUGGCUCGUUGAUAGCUGCCAAAUAUGUUCUAACAGCAGCACAUUGCAAAGUGGAUGAUGAUAAAAUUCCACCCGACACGGUACGUCUUGGGGAUACGAAUCUGGCCACCACCGAAGACGAUGACACUGCACAGCAAUUUAACAUCGUUAGCCUUACCGUGCACGAGAAGUUCAAGAAGAAUCGCAAAUACUACGACAUUGCACUGAUCGAGCUAGAUCGAGAGGUUAGCUUUAACUCCGCCGUAUGUCCCAUCUGUCUGUGGCCGUUGGAUAAUUUGAGCGAUUACAGUGCAAGUUUGCGGGCCGUUGGCUUUGGAUUUACAUCCUACACAUCAGGAAUGAGUCCAACGUUGCAGAAAGUCACACUAAAUCAUUACGAUUCCGAAUCGUGCAAUAACGAACUACCAAAGGAUGCUCGACUACGGUACGGUCUAACGUCCGAUCAGUUCUGCACGAAAACGCCGCACAAGGACGCCUGUCUGGGAGAUUCCGGUGGACCGCUGCAGAUUGAUCUGUCCGAUGUGACCCGUACCAUACCUUAUCUGACGGGCGUCGUGUCGUUUGGGACUGGCUGUUGGGAUGGGUCACUCGGUGUGUACACGAAGGUAUCGAGCUACAUCGAUUGGAUCCGUGAGCGAGUGAACGUAACGACCGAUCCGAUUGAAUGUGCACGUAAUACGGAAUGCUUACCGGCGAGACCCUUUUCCGAUAGUCGGCUUAGUCCACAAAAUAAUUCUCCCUUUUUUAAGGUUAAUCUUCGCAAAGCGGACAACAGCUCCUUCCAUCAGUGCAGCGGAGCACUUAUCGAUUAUCGGCACGUCGUCACCUCAGCCACGUGUGCGGUACGCAACAACCAACAACCAGCAUUUAUCGAGGCAAACAAUGAGCUGGUAGAAAUAGUGAACAUCGACGUACAUCCGAAGUACGUUGCGGGUAAAAACUAUCACAACCUAGCGGUCCUUACGCUAAGCAAGUUUUACAACCCGAACAAAAUCUACCAAAUCAUUGCACCGGGUUGUAUCUGGAGGGAGGAACGCAUUACCGAUCCGAUCGUGUUCUUUUCUGGCUAUGGGCCCGAGGUGAAAAAUCAGCCACAAGAUGUGGCAAAAAAUGUGUCGCUUAAGAUACUGGUAGCGCUGGUGACAGAAAAUGGCCGCUGUGAGGCAAACGAUGCGUGGAAAGUGAACAGUACACUUUGGACAGGAUUUAAUAGUGAUUUUCUCUGCACAUACAAUCCGAUCGACCUGGUGCCGGGGAUUUGUAAGCUUGAACCAGGUGGUGCUGUGUCAAACUUCCGGCGGGACAAUAUUGUACCGUACGUGUACGCUGUCAACACCAUGGAUGAAGGAGCAUGUGGCGGGCAACAGAAUCUGUUUGUAGCGACACGUCUAUCUCCGUUCUAUGAUUGGAUUGAAUCAAUCAUCCUGAAACAUCUACCUGAAAACCAUCCACUUCUGACGUCAAUCCGUUUCGGAGCCGAAGAUACGGACACCCCGAAUACCAUCAACAGUCCCAACUUCAACAACAUCGAACAAGUUACCAAUCAAAAUCGUAUAGUUCCAAUUCUUCUUUCAGAUGUAAUAACAAAUCAUAUAAAACCUUAUGGAAGUGAGUUGAUGUCCAGCAGACCAAUCACCACCAAAGUAAAUGUUUAUCAUCAAUCAUUGAACAACACGCCCGAAACGUACGUAGUGUACGGACCGCAUAUAAGUCAUUCGUCGAUGCUUGUGCCUCCAUUUCGGCCAUCUCCUUACCAGCAAACGGUAGUUCAAGUCACACCAAAUACAAUUCAGCAUAAUGGCGUGCAGAUCGAACUGGUUCCUUCUGUUGAAUUACCGUCGACACAUCACAUAGUCCAUGGACGAACAAACAGUCUUCCUAUCGCGUACCCAGCCCAAACAAGCCUACAUCACCCACUUCAACAACUACCCCCACAGUAUGGACACAUUCCGAAUAGAUCACCUGCGACCCUGGUGGACCACAAUCAGCUAGUGUCAGUUAUUCGUUCGAUUGAACUGUACGAGAACGGACUGUGUACACUUCCGGCUGGAACCGCUGGCAGAUGUCUACACUAUACGCGAUGUCCUUCGAUGUACUGGAAUGACCAAACAGUGAACAUAUUUCUUCGCUUAAACUUGAUUCCUUUCUGCAACCGUGAGCAGCAAACAGUGUGCUGUCAGGUGUGA